UUAUUAAGUACACUAACUCUCAGUCAAUCAUAUCCUGAAAUCCAAAAACUGCAAAAUGGCGAAACCACGAGAGCAACCAGCCACCGUCCUCCGCCGCAUUCUCUCUUCCCCCGGCUGCCACCAAGGCCCCGCCUGCUUCGACGCUCUCAGUGCCAAACUCAUCGAGUCCGCCGGCUUCUCUUACUGCAUCACAAGCGGUUUCUCAAUUUCCGCCACCAGAUUAGGUCUUCCAGACGCCGGUUUCAUCUCUUACGGCGAAAUCGUCGAUCAAGGUCGUCUCGUUACUCAAGCUGUUAAGAUUCCUGUUAUUGGUGAUGGUGAUAAUGGUUAUGGGAAUGCCAUGAAUGUUAAGAGAACUGUUAAGGGUUUUAUUGAUGCUGGUUUUGCUGGAAUCAUACUCGAAGAUCAGGUGGCACCGAAAGCAUGUGGGCACACGCGUGGGAGGAAAGUGGUUUCUAGAGAGGAGGCAGUUAUGAAGAUUAAAGCUGCAGUUGAUGCUAGAAAUGAGAGCGGGUCUGAUAUUGUGAUUGUGGCCCGCAGCGAUGCACGCCAAGGUGUGUCUCUUGAAGAAGCGCUUUGGAGGACAAACGCAUAUGCUGAAGCUGGAGCUGAUGUUAUCUUUAUUGACGCACUUAAUUCCGUUGAAGAGAUGAAAGCUUUUUGUCAAGUUGCUCCUCAUGUUCCUCAUCUGGCAAAUAUGCUUGAAGGAGGAGGGAAAACACCGAUACUUAAUGCUCAAGAACUUGAUCAAGUUGGUUACAAACUUGCUGUUUAUCCACUUUCUUUGAUGGGGGUUUCUAUACGAGCAAUGCAGGGCGCGCUCACUGCCAUUAAGGUAGGUGGUAUUCCUCCACCGGAAAGCUUGCCAUCUUUUGACGAAAUUAAGGAUAUUGUCGGUUUCAACGAUUAUUACAAAGAGGAGGAGCGUUAUGCUACAACUACAGAUCACUAGGUUUAAGCCUUUAAAGAGAAAAGAAACAAAACUGAGUUACAGAGAGGUGUUUCAGUCUUUUCUUCUAAGAGUAGUAUUGUUGUAUUGUAUUGUAAUGUAAUCUAGACAUGCUUUUAUCUCGUCAACUUUGUGUAUCUGGUUCAGCAUAUUAAGCUAAAUAUCUCAUCAGUGUUUAUCUGAAUAAAUAAAAUCAAUCUAAUAAAUUAUGCAUAGUCUUCUUGAGA